UCCUACAGACGUGGUAGUCUCGCCUGGUCACGUGAUCGCCUCGGUCGAGUGAGAGGGGGAGAUUUAGCAUGAUGGCGGAGCGCAGGAGACACAAGAAGCGAAUUCAGGAGGCGAGCGAGCCGAGUAAGGAGGAGAAGGCGGUGGCCAAACACCUGCGCUUUAACUGCCCUACCAAGUCCACUAACAUGAUGGGCCACCGAGUCGACUAUUUCACAGCAUCUAAAGCGGUGGAUUGUCUGCUCGACUCUAAAUGGGCCAAAUCCAAGAAACCUGAAGAGGCUUUAUUCACCACCAGAGAGUCAGUGGUGGAGUACUGCAACAGGCUCCUGAAGAAGCAGUUCUUCCACCGCGCUCUGAAAGUGAUGAAGAAGAAACCAGAGAAAGACCCAAAGAAGGAGAAGGUGAAAGGUGAGGGAAGUAAAGAGGAGGAGAAGAAGAGCAAGAAGGAGAAAGAGAAGGAGAAGGAGAAAGAGAAGGAGAAAGAAAAAGAGAAAGAGAAGAAGAAAGACGCUGAGGCUGCAGAGACCAAGAAGGAGAAGAGCGAUGACAGUCCAGGAUCUCCAAAGAAGAAGAAGGAGGUUAAGAAGAAGUUUAAACUGGAGCCUCAUGAGGAUCAGCUGUUUCUGGAUGGGAACGAGGUGUACGUGUGGAUUUAUGACCCGGUCCAUUUUAAAACCUUUGCCAUGGGACUGGUAUUGGUGAUUGCGGUGAUAGCUGCAACGCUGUUCCCCUUGUGGCCGGCGGAGAUGAGAGUGGGCGUGUACUACCUGAGCGUGUGUGCAGGCUGCUUCGUCGCCAGCAUCCUCCUCCUGGCUGUCGCUCGCUGUAUUCUGUUCCUGAUUAUCUGGUUGGUCACCGGGGGGCGCCAUCACUUCUGGUUCCUCCCCAACCUGACGGCAGACGUGGGCUUCGUCGACUCGUUCCGUCCAGUUUACACACACGAGUACAAGGGCCCGAGGAACGGCAAGAAGGGCGCGGGGGAGAAGUCCGAGGGCAAGGGCGCCAAGAAAUCCGACAGCGAGGACAAAUCAGACGGCGAGAAGAAGGAGGAAGAGGAGGAGGAAGCGGAGGAGGAAGAAGAAGAGGAGGCGGGAAAGGAGGCGGAGCGGCGCUCGGACUCGGACAGCGAGCGGCGAGAGGACGAGGGAUCGCAGCACAGCAACGGAAACGACUUCGAGAUGAUCACGCGCGAUGAGCUCGAGCAGCACACGGACGAGGAGGAGGAGGAGGAAGAGGAGGAGGAGCAAGAGGAAAAAGAGGAGGAGCCUAAACCCCAGCAGACGUAAACUCUGUAAACGUUCAUGAGAUUCGCCCAUCACGUCGCACACCGCAAUCUUCCACUACAGACGCACCACUGGGGUCAAAGGUCAACUUCGCCAAGAGCGGGAACACAACUUCUGGCGGCCAUCUUGGAUUUGUUUUAUUUCCUAAUUUAAAAAAAAAAAACAAACACACACACACACACACUUAUACAAAGACACACUGCGUCUGUGUUUACUGGUUGUGUAAUUAGUAUCGAGUUUCCGUGUGUGUGUGUGUUACAUAAUCUAACACACUAUGAUCGUAGUAGGCUGUUGUUCAGUCUGGACCAAUGUAUCUUAUUCUGUCAAGGUGUGUGUGUUUGUGUGUGUGUGUGUUUUCGGAAAUUGUUUUAUUUUUUUCUUCAAGGAAAGUAAACAUAAUCAUGAUCCAAGGCUCUACCCACAUUUAAAUUAAUUCAACACAGCGCUCGCAUCCUAUUGGUCGAUGGGUGGUGGGCGUGUCCUUAGUCAGUGCCAAAACCCGCCGUAUCCGCUCAUCAUCCCUACGCAUCACCACUUGGUGUUUUACGGCGAAGCGUUCUGAGCGUCUCCCUGACGACGACGAUGAUCGACUUCUUCGGCCGUGUCCCAAACCACACUUCAAUCUUUUUGAGUUUUUUUUUUUUUAUCCGACUUAAAUGUGAUGUUUUCUGAUGAUGUCACACUGCCUUCUCCAAUAAACACGGUUAAGCCCCUCCCCCUUAACACCAUAUUUUCUACCUCACCGUCUAAUCUCAGCUCACCUUUCUAACCACUCAAUGUUAACCGCUAGCUAGAGAGGUCACGACGACCCUACAGACUUCAUCUCCGUAGCCUGCAGACGAGCGCUAGGUGUGUGCGCGCGCUAGACGUUGGCUUUCUGACAUCUCUGUCAUGUAUCUAGAAGCUGCGUAAACUCCUCUAUAGCUAACUAGUUUGAAGACUAAUUUAAUAACAUGCUAAUAACGUAUGUGUGACUCGUGUGUUUGACUUCGUACCAACUUCAGAUUAGAUUAGAUUAGCCGAGCGAGCGAGCUAUCUGUAGUCGCUGUGUCCGCUCAGCAGGAACGCCAGUGCUCUCUUCUUCUUCUUCUUCAUACCAAGCUUCGUUUUCCUUCGUAAGCGAGAUCACGCUGCUUUGUUGGUGAGACAUGUAGCUAGUUUUGGUUUGGAACACGGCCGAGGCGGAUUAUUUCACACAUGGCGAGAAAAGUCCAGCUGCUCGCUUAGACCUCUGUAUAUGUGUUUAUAUGAGAAUAUCGCAUUAAGUAGAUGCUAUGUAGUGAAAGACACACACACACACACACACACGCACACAGGCUCGAUGGAGUGUGUGAUGAGCUGAUCCUCUGACUCAAAGUCCAUGAACUCGUUCUCCAUUUCUUAUGUUUGUCCAUCUCAUUUGCAUAUUCAUGUGCGUCUCAUUUGCAUAUUCAUGUGGACGUCACAUGCCCACGUGCCAGCAGGUGUUAAUUAUAUAUUUUUUUUAUCAUUUCCAGAUAGAUUAUAAAGCUGUUGCGUGUUAACGAUUAUAAUAAUUAUAAUAAUGUAUUAAUACAUGCAGCGUCGCUUCAUAUUUCUAAAUGUGUACAAAUAAAAGAAAAGUACAAAAACA